CAUACCAUCGCCUUGGAAACGAGGUGUUUAUAUUAGCCAUAAGCUAAUACACAAUGCGAUUCACAUCAUGCUGAUUUGACAGUUGUCCUCUCACGCUUUAACCAAUAUUUUGAAAUUUAUUUCUAUCCCAUAUAGAAGAGAAAUGUUUAUUUGUUUAUACGACUUGUUAGUAGCUUGCUUGCUCGCUCGCUAGAUCUGCCAACUGGGCUGCCUUUUUUCUCAGUGUUUGAAGAUGUUCAAGUUGAAAAUACUAUUGAUUGGACCAAGCGAGUGUGGAAAAACAGCACUAGCUAAUUUUCUCUCCGAUACAACGGAAACAAUCGGGUCUGAUUAUAGCCCAACACAGGGCGUAAGGAUACUCGAGUUUGAAUCACAGAAUCUGUCUAAUAAUGGCAACAAACAUUCGGCAUGUGAGGUGGAACUGUGGGAUUGUGGAGGAGAUUUCAAGUUUGAAUCAUGUUGGCCAGCUUUGAUGAAGGACUCCAAUGGGGUAGUGAUAGUAUUUAACCCAGAUGUGCCCAGCCAUCUGAAGGAAAUAGAGACCUGGCAUUCUACAUUCAUCUCUUCUCAGGGGUUACUGGAGACUCAAUGUCUGUUAAUAGCACACCAUAAACCAGGAAGUGGAGCGGGUACUGCUCGUCCAACAUUAGCCCCAAAACUGAGCAAACUGCCUCUCGUUCAUUCAAACCUUGAGGAAGAUCCUGAAGAUGUCCGCCAAGAAUUCCACAAAUACUUGGGAAAUGUUCUGCGGAUGCUUUCAGAAAACCAAGAACGUGAAGAGAUGUCAAUUAUUACAUAAUUAGAUUUUUAUACUAAAUCUUCAUCACAAAAUAUACACUUUAUACAUAA